AUGAAAAACCUUUGUGUCAGAGUCAUUAUCAUGAUCGUAGGUGUUAAUUUUUCCGGGACAAUGACAACUCCAUUGAGAAAAAGCAGCAUUUUCCUCAAUUCUGAGUGCCAGUGGAAUGGAUAUCCUCGGACAAAUUGUUAUUUUGCUGGAAAGCGUAAUGUACCUGUGAACAUAUCACAGAAAGAAAACUCCAUAAAUAUAAGUUCCAAUUUCUUCAGGAUUCUCUUACAAUCUCUCCUGGAAAAGAAAGAACAAAAUAGAAAGCAUCUGGACCUCAGGAACAAUUCCAUAUUUAAAAUAACCUUAUCCCCCCUGGUUCAUUUACAUGCUUUGGAAAUAUUAAACCUCAGCAACAAUGCUAUUCACUCCAUCUCCCUGGAUUUAUCAAAACCUGUAUCCUCAAGGGUGAAGCAUCACAGAAGCAUCUGGAGAAAUGGGUUUCCAUCUCUAAAAGUACUGAUUCUUCAGAGAAAUAAACUCAGUGGCAUUCCCAAGGAACUAUGGAAACUAAAGUCAUUACAGAGUUUGGACCUGUCAUUCAAUGAAAUUUCCCAAAUUGCUUUGUUUGAUUUCCAUAACUGCCGUCAACUGGAGAAUCUCUAUUUAAACAGCAACAAGAUAUUCAGAAUUCAUUCUGGAGCCUUUGAGAGCCUCAAAAAAUUACAGGUUGUAGAUCUCAGCUACAAUGCAUUGGUCACCAUCCUACCCAUGAUGCUCAUUGCUCUGAAACUGCCCCAUCUGAAGAUUGGUUUGGCUGGUAACCAAUGGCAGUGUGACUGCAGCGUGAUUCUCUUUCAAAAUGUCCUUUCUGAGUCCUGGAGGCAAAAGUGGAAAGGAAUUUGCAACAGGUCUAUCGGGAAUGAGGAGGCUUGCUGGGGGACUCCCCCAAGUAGAAUUCCCAGGGAGACCCCUGUGAAUGUGAAUCCCACCGAAAACUCCCCCAAAAGGUCCCUGCACUGGACACCUGCAGAAAUGCACAAGCGCCUGGCAAAGGAACCACAGACCAGUGACCUGGCAGGUCCCAGGAGGGAACUGGAGCUGCACCACCGCAGGCCGCGAGAAAUUGGGGCUGUCAAUCUGGCGCACGACCAGCCUCGCUCCACGGAGUGCCCGGACCUCUCUCUGGCCGUGUGCCUGUCGGUGUUCAUCACUUUUUUCCUGGCUUUCGGCCUCGGGGCUUUGGCAAGGCCUUACCUGGAGCGACUAUGGCCUGGGAGAAGCAGGCACAAAAGGCCACCUCCAGACCUAGUGUAUACCAACGAAGGCUUCUAUGAUGAAGUCGCAGGGAGCUUUCGGCAGCACCCAAGGCCAGAUGUACGUGACCCCUGGCAGCACAGGAAGCCAGGUGGGGUUCCAGCAAGUGGUGUUCCCGAUGGCAUUGGAAGCAGACAGCAGGAUGCACUUGCGAGGGACAACGCGGACCCUUUGGUUCUAGGAGGACAAGUGGGUCCCAACACCAUCAUGUCAGAGGCUCAUGAGCACAGUGCCAGGAGUGUAGAAACAAUUUAUGAUAAGGUGGCCCAGGAAGAGUCUCUCCCAGACUGUCCAUCUGCUGUCCCUGGCAGGAUGCAGUCUGUCUCGGCUUCAGUCCCCAGCAACUGUAGUGAAUUUGACCCAGCAGGCCUCUUCAAAGAACCUGCCACUCCUCUCUCUGCCGGGCUAAUGCAGAAUGAAGCCCCAAGCAGGACCAGAGAAAGGGGGCCAAGAGAAGACGCGCAGGUCCCACCUGAGGCUGCCCUAGAGCAUAUUUACAUGAAUCUGCCCAGUGCAAGGCAACAGAGACUCCGGAGGAGUGGAGCUGGGUUAGAAUCUUCACCUCAUUGUAGCACAAUCACAGCCAGCGAUGCAGAGGGUUCAGACCCAUCCUCACCUCCAUGCCCCCCACGGCAGGGCAGUGCCCAGUGGGUCAUGCCUCCUAACCUGGAGCCAAUUCCAAACAUUCCGCAUGAGCUGGGCAUCAACUAUGAUUCCGACGAAGGUUCUUUGUUUACCCUAAGUUCAACAGAUUCAGAAGAUGCAAGAGGCGGGAGUGAAGACGAGACCGAUGGUAAGGAGAGGGUUAGAGCCAGUGAUGCCCCAGAGGUCCAGGAUUCUGGGUUGAGGAAGGACUUAGAGAAUCAAGAGGAGGACCACACCUUACAGGCCAUUCAGUGGGGAGCUGAGAAUCAGGAAGGUCCCCCGGAAAAAGCUCACCUUUCUUCUCCAGACCCUGACUUGGGCCAGACUCACAUAGAAAGGGCGUCUGACAUUAAACCAGGCAGCAAGGAUCCAUGGACUCAGUCCAGAUCCCAGGACAAUAAUCCUAUCAGGGAGGAGAUCCCAGGCUGGGUCCCAGCUCCUGACCCGGAGACCACAGUGUGGCGCUACUCACUUAAAGACCUGGUGGUUUCAGAUGAGGAUACUGCACCUCAAACACACCCUCUGCACUAUAUGGAGGCUCCCUCUGACCUAAGUCCAUCAGAUGAAGGUGCUUUUAAGUAUGAAUUAGACACAGCUCCUAAUGAUAGGACUUUCAAGAUCUCCUGGGACAGUUUAGGAUCUUCCCAAUGGGCUUUUGAAGAAGGUGCUGAUGCAAAUGAGGAGUUUGUAUGA